UUGAUGAUGAUGAUAUCACCCACGUCGAAGGGAGCGUUGAACCAGUUCGUGACAUUGAAAUUAUACAUGAAGAACUUAGGCUAAAAGAUGAGGAAAUGAUCAUGCCCAUUAUAGACAAACUAGAAAAAGUGGCGGUACGAGGAGGUGACAAGAAAUUAAAACCUGAAUAUGACAUUAUGUGCAAAAUCAAAAGCUGGGUAAUAGAUGAAAAAAAGCCAGUUCGUUUCUAUCAUGAUUGGAAUGACAAAGAGAUUGAUGUGCUGAACAAACACUUGUUUUUAACUUCCAAACCAAUGAUCUAUUUGGUUAACCUUUCUGAAAAAGACUACAUUAGAAAGAAAAACAAAUGGUUGAUAAAAAUUAAAGAGUGGGUGGACAAGCAUGACCCGGGUGCCUUGGUCAUUCCUUUUAGUGGGGCCUUGGAACUCAAGUUGCAAGAAAUGAGUGCUGAGGAGAAACAGAAGUAUCUGGAAGAGAACAUGACACAAAGUGCUUUACCAAAGAUCAUUAAGGCUGGGUAUGCGGCACUCCAACUAGAAUACUUUUUCACUGCAGGGCCCGACGAAGUGCGUGCAUGGACCAUCAGGAAGGGGACGAAGGCUCCUCAGGCAGCAGGAAAGAUUCACACUGAUUUUGAAAAGGGAUUCAUUAUGGCUGAAGUAAUGAAAUUUGAAGAUUUUAAAGAAGGAGGCUCAGAAUCAGCUGUCAAGGCUGCUGGAAAAUACAGACAGCAAGGCAGAAAUUACAUAGUCGAAGACGGAGAUGUUAUCUUCUUUAAAUUUAACACACCUCAACAGCCGAAGAAGAAAUGAGUUACUAGAUUUGUUGGUUGCUCAGAAUUAAACUCUAUUACUGACAAAAAAAA